AUGGCUGCCAACUACUGGGCCUCGACUCAGCGUCGUCAUUGGCUCUUCUCAAGAGAGAAACUCGCCGAUAUUCGGGAGAAACUACGUGAACAAGAUAAGGUCGCCCAUUCACAGUUCCCGCUGCCGGAUCAGCGCCUGUUGAAUAUCUAUUUCAAUCAACAGCUCAUCAAGCUGGGAAAACGCAUGUCCACUCGACAACAAGCCAUUGCAACAGCUCAAGUCUAUCUCAAGCGGUUCUAUACAAAGAAUGAGAUCCGCCACACCAACCCAUAUCUUGUGCUCACCACAGCCUUCUAUCUGGCCUGUAAGAUGGAAGAGUGCCCCCAACAUAUCCGUUUUGUGGUUGGGGAAGCGCGCGGGCUCUGGCCAGAAUUUAUUACUCCUGAUGUUGCUAAGCUAGGAGAAUGCGAAUUUGCAUUAAUCUCCGAGAUGAGUUCGCAGCUCAUCGUACACCAUCCCUACCGAACCUUAACAGAGCUGCAGGACGAACUACCUCUCAGCUCUGAUGAGGUUGCACUAGCCUGGUCCGUGAUCAACGAUCACUAUCUAACCGAUCUCCCCCUUCUACAUCCACCACACGUCAUCGCCAUCAUGGCUAUCAUUGUUUCGGUUGUCUUCAAGCCCGCCCACUCCGGUAACUUUGGUGGGUCUGCACAGUCGGCUUUGGCCGGUGCCAUGCGGGAUGGAAGUGGGAUGAACAUGCUUGCGUCCCUAUCGGAUAAGGCUGGGCCUCCUCGCAUUCAAAAUCUGGUGCUCUGGCUUGCUGAAAGCGAGGUCGAUAUCAAGGCAGUGAUCGAAUCUACGCAGGAGUUACUCUCGUUAUAUGAGGUGUGGGAACAAUACAGUGAAAAACAUUGUAAGGAGUUGAUUGGUCGGAUGGUCAAGACCCAAAACCUGGACAAAUAA